UUCUUGCCCCGUAGUAACACUUCUCGUAAGCAUCAUUUACUCGAACAUGGCUGGGCGUCUUGCUGGACUUGUUCGGACUCUGCUCCGAAGUCACCAGGGAGUCCUGUCUCCCCAGUACUAUUCUGCAUCUCAAGCCAUAGCCUUUUCGCAUGUGAGGGCUAUCACCUCCACGGCCAGACUCCACGACACCAAAUUCAGCUCCGGAGAUGCAGAGGACACUCUGACUGUAAAUUUCAUCAACCGUGAUGGUGAGAAGCUGACAGCAACAGCCAAGGAAGGAGAGAGUCUGCUGGAAGUAGUGAUUCGUCACCACUUAAAUAUAGAUGGCUUUGGUGCCUGUGAAGGGACUCUUGCUUGCUCCACUUGCCACCUCAUAUUUGACCAGCAGGUUUUUGAGAAGUUGGACCCCAUUUCAGAUGAAGAGAUGGAUAUGCUGGAUUUGGCUUUUGGACUCACUGACACGUCUCGUCUUGGCUGUCAGGUUUGUAUGAAUAAGUCCUUGGACGGCAUAACAGUUCGGGUUCCAAAAGAUAUAUCAGAUAUAAGGAAAGAUGUUGAAGUUUUGAAGCAGAGCAAACAAUGACAUUCCCAUUAGACCAGCUUUCAGUGCUAUAUGGUCAUAGAUAUUAUAUGUGGCACUGAAAGUGAGAACAUUAUCUGUACAAUGUAGGGGACAGCAUGACACCACAAUGUUUUGAAGGUGUACUACAUUUUGUUUAUAGUGCUCCCGCAGAUUCCUUAGUGCUAUAACAAUAGGUGAGAAUUAACAGUAUCAUUAAAAUUAACAGAACUGACAAUAUUGUUAAAACACAUUAAGUAAUCCUUAUACAGAAAGGGAAGGGCCCUGCUCUGGCAAGCUUUCAAUCUAUUUGAUGUAACACAUUAUCCUAAUUAAUGAUGUGUGAUAGAUUCAGACACACAGCAUAGGUGCGGUUGUCUCAAUAUUACCUGUGUGGAAACAAUAACUGUGUCAUGAGUAAUGUUUUUAUUCUUUUUCCUUACCACUGCAUUGGACUGGACCUGGUUCAGUUUUACCUAUGGUUAGCCCAGUCAUAAACAAUGUAGUCGUCAAUAUGUUCAAUGUAGGAUGUGUGGGGUUCUAGGAGACUUUUGACCUGUAAAGUAAACCCACCUUGACAAUAGACAUCUAUUUUUGGUCCCAAUGAUUUCUCUUAUGUUUUUAACCGAUUCCAGCCAUUAACCUUACAAUAUGUUAAAAGAAAAAAAUACUAUCAUGACUCCCCAUCUCUAAUAAAGCCUCUU